AUGUCUUAUCAAGAAGAUUUGAAUAUAAAUAGUGAACGGAAAAAAACAAAUCGGAAUGCAUCAUCUAAACAGAGUAAUAAACAAGAUUGGAAGAAGAAUGCGAGCUAUGAAAAUGAACCAAAUAUUCAAAGAAAUGGCAAAGAAGUAUUGAAUUGGAAAAGAAAUAGGGGAACUCAAAAUAACGAACCAAGUGAAUGGAGACAAAACAAGAAUCCAGGUAUUGAUUCGGAAAGAAAAGUGUGUUGGAGGACUAAUAAUAAUCACUCAAGUCCUAAAAGUUUAUCUCAACAACGUCUCAAUGAUAAAAAAGAUUUAGUCUUCGACAAGCGUGAUUUCUUGUUUCGUGAUAUACCUAAAAAGAUACGUGAGCAAAUUCAAUUAGACGAAGUAGCCAAAUACAGCGUGACGGAUAUGCGUACAGCGGAUGACAUAUCCGAUUUUAUUGCAGGAUUAGAUGGUUUGAAUGCAAAUAAUAUUGUGGUCACAGAUGGAACAGCAUGUGUUGGUGGCAAUACAAUUUCAUUUUGCAAGAAAUUUAAGAAAGUUCAAACAGUUGAAUUAGAUCAAAAUCGAUACAAUAUGUUAGUGAAUAACUUAAAACUAUUGGGAUAUACCAAUGUAACAUGCUAUCAUGCAGACUAUCUUGAAUUAUUAUGUACCUUAAACCAAGACAUUGUAUUUUUGGAUCCACCAUGGGGUGGACCUUGUUAUAAAGAAAAAGAUGAAGUUGAAUUAUUUAUGGGGAAUAUUCCACUAGAUGAAGUAUAAACCAACGAAAGUUAUAAUACUGAUGCGACAGAUCAAAAAAUAGCCGACAAGUCGACUUAUGCUGCUAUUGCCGCCACUGCUGCCAAGUUCGCCGUUGCUUAUGCUAGUGAUUAUGAGUGUGGAGACUAUGCUUAUAGUCGUGCUUAUGCGGCUGCUCGUGCUAUUGCUCGUGGUGGCGAUAAUGCUGCUCGCAUUGCUGCUACUGCUGCUUAUAUUGAUGCUACUGCUGAUAUGACACGUGCUCUUGAUUAUGAUGAUCCUCGUGAUGGUGCCACUUAUCUUCAAUUUGCUUCUACUUAUGAUUAUUACCCUACCGAUGGUACUGAUGAUGUUGAUGAUGUUGAUGAUGAUGAUGUUGAUAGCACUAAUAGUAUAGAAGGUGCUGAUUAUGCUAAUAGUACUGAUGGUACUGGUGGUACUGGUGGUACUAAUGGUAUUGAUGAUACUAAUGACGCUGAUGAUGCAGACGGUACUAAUGUUACUUAUCGUACUGAACUAGAUGCGGCUACUCUUGCUCCUCUUGACGAUGAUGAAUUUUGA